AUGUCGUUUUUCAGACGCAAGGACAAAAAUCUCAUCCCCCCGGCGGACGCUGGGGCGGCCUCUGGUACUCGUGGCUCUUCUCGCAGUGUCUCCCCUCUUCCUAGUUACCGCUCUAACGCCAGUACCUACGUUCCUAGCAGAGACGGGCCCAAUCCUCACGAUAAUCACGACUCUCCCGCAGCAAAAGUCCCUCCCCCAUCCGACCCUACGCUGGACCGUGCACGCAGUGAACUCUUUGCAGGGUACAAUCCCAACAGGGCAGGCUCUGGUCGUUUCUUCGAUGGCCCCGAGCUUCCCCGGGAGCCCGCACACGGGGAGGAGAAUGACGACGACGUAGAGGGCAUCAAGCAACAGACAAGGUUUCUUAAACAAGAGAGCGUCACCUCCACCAGGAAUGCCCUUCGCCUUGCGAGAGAGGCAGAAGAAACCGCUACAGGUACCUUAACCCGGCUUGGCGACCAAUCGGAGAAAUUGGCCAACACAGAACGUCAUCUCGAUGUCGCCAAAGGCCAUACACACAGGGCUGAAGAUCAGAUCGAUGAGCUCAAACAACUCAACAGGUCGAUUUUCCGUCCAGUGAUUACCUGGAACAAGGACGCCAAACGAGCCGCCCAAGAUGCCAAGGUAAUGCAACGCUAUGAAGACGAACGUCGUGAGAGGGAGAAAGCCAUGACGGACAUUCGAGAGACGCAGAACAGACUGGGCCGCGCCAUGACCUACGGUCAGCAAGACGAAGAGGGGGUGUCAGGUGCUGGCGUCUCCAGAGCCUCCACCCAAGCUGCUGGGCAGCUCGCAGCGCAGAAGGAGCAACGAAAGCGUUACCAGUUUGAAGCGGGAGCAUCAGAUGAUGAAAUUGAGGAUGAGCUGGAUAACAACUUGAAUGAAAUAUCCGACGUUGCAAAGAGACUGAAAGCCCUUGGGACAACCAUGGGACAAGAGCUUGAUGCUCAGAAUCAGCGACUGGAUGUUAUCGGAAAGAAAACUACGGAACUUGAUGGUGGCGUCUUCAGACAGACCGAAAGGGUGUGUGGCCUCACAUAA